GCCAUUCGCUGUUGCUGGGCAAUCUGGCUACCGAAACCACAACAGCGUCGCUGGGGAUGGAGCCGGUGUGCGCGGGGCUCUCCGGCAGCUCCCAGCGCUGCCCGCAGGACGGGGCCCGGCCCCACAGCCCUGCCGGGGCACGGCAGCACCAUGUUCGCCACCGUGAGAUUCGGAGCCAACUGCCAAGAGAUGGUGAACCUGCUCUGCUGCGUCCAGACCCUCACAGGGCACCUCAAGUGGAAGUGUCAGUGCAGGCCUGAAGACUGCAUUGAUCUUAUGGAUGAAAAGGGCACACUGAUGAACCUGAGCAAAGUGGAAGAUCCUGCAUCUGAAUAUGCCAGUAAAUACCUGCAGGGAAGGCAGCGCUACAUCCUCAUCAGAGCUGUCCGAGAAGAAAACUCUGAAGCCACCUGCUACGAAUCCUUGCUUGAGGACCUGGGGAAACACUACCCUGAUCUCCCAGAUCGGCUGCAGCAGCUCUCAGCAAAGACUCAGAGGACAGACCUGAGGAAGAAGGGCUCAUUGCAGAGAGCCCAGCCUCACAGCAGCACCCAAGCCAGGAACAGGACCACCCUACAGGGCAAGAGGAGCUUGGAACACAAGAACACCCCUAAGUGAGGAACAGACCCAUUACUGGUCACAAAGGCAGCACAGCCUCCACCAGGCCCCAAACACCUGCCCAGGUACUUAUUCCCAGCACAGCAAGAGUGCCCUGCUACUGAGCCCCUCUCCCUGGGAUCCCCUGCCCCCCGAGCUUCACACCACCACACCCCAAGCUGCACCCUGACAAACCCAGCAUCACAGCCAGGCACAGGCACCAUCCUCCUGCUUCAGGGGUCUCGUGCUCCCCUGGCACAGCCUGCACUCCCCAGGGACAAGAACCUGCACUCCUCUCACUGCAUGGGCCCUGCAGGGACUGUCCACUGCAAUCACCAGGAAAAGCUGCUCCAGAGACAGCCAGUCCCCUCAACUGCAGAAGAGCUUGCCAAGAUGGGUCAAAGGCAGUGUUUGCAGGUGCUGCUGCUGGUUGUCCUUAAGAGCUUCUCCACCCAGAGCAACACACCAACACUAACACACUUAUUUCAUAAAGGGAGUUGAACAGCUUUGGAGUGGUUCCUCCAUGCUCACACAGCUCAGCACAUGGAGCACUUGGGCUUUUAAUCUCUGCCAUCUACCUUUUCCCUUGGCUGUCUCUAAGGAGAGCACAAGACACCCCUGAUAAGGCCAGGCACAGCUCAGGACACCCCUACCAAGAACUUAAGACUGUGACAUUUAGAAGGGACAGGACUUUGAACAGCAGCCUCCAGUAGCUGCUGCCAGCAUUUACCAUCUAGAUAUUGAUUUCCUCACAGAUCCCAGCAAGGGGCUGAGAACUUGUCCUUUAUUCAAGAGUAGAGAUCAAAAUGUUAAAAUACUCAUUCUGCCAUGAAAAAUUCAUCAGUUAAGCACCUGAAAAGUGUCCUGGUUUCACUGCUGUACCAUUAAAACUCCAGCUGAAACCUCAGAAUUCCCUCUUAGACCAACGUGAGGAACAGGGUGUCCUGCUGGAGGCCAGGCCACGGGCAGCAAUCACGAGGCUGUGCUGCCAAGGUGACUGGAAGAGGAAAGCAGCUCCAAACUUCACCUGAUGCCAGUGACCUUGAGAACAUUGCAUAACCUUCUAAAGCUUCAAAGUCAGAUCAGCCAACUGAUCCACGUCCCACAGCCAGACAGGUCACACUCUUAGCUCUGAGGGCAGGACAGGUACUCAGGAAGAGGAUAUCUAUAGAGAAGCAAUUUGUCACUGAAAAUACCACGGGAUAUGUGCUGGCUUACCUCUCUGCUGCCUCUCCUCUGCCUGGAGGGCAGCCAGUGUCUGAUCUCCUUCUGCCAAGUCAUGCAGGCACAGUCCUUGCUAGGCUGCACCCCCUGUUUGCAGGAAGUACACACUUGUGCCUUGUCCUCUGGCUGACAGUGUUAAUGCUUUGGUGGCUUAGUUUUAGCUUGAGACUUAAAUAAAGAGCGUGCACAGGUGAUAGGUCCAAAUAAAUUCUUUUAUUUCUCUGUAAUAAAUACAGUGCUAUCUGAA